AAUUCAAACUUUCUGUCGUAAAAUAUGCACAGGAAAACUCGGGAGAAGCAGCCGCUAGACGUUUCUCUGUCCACCCCAAGAGAGUGAGAGAUGGAUGAAAAACUAAAACGGAGUUUCAGCGUCUGUCCGAGGAGGACAGGGCCCUCCUACCUGAUGGAGGGAGGAGGAAGGCUUGCGAGGAGCUUGAGAUAAACAUGCGGGGAUGAGUUAUCAGCAAGCGGGCACGGCACGAGAGAGCGUCCCGCACAAUGAUCAGGGCGAUGGAGAAACAAAUGUUCGCCACUGUCAGUGACAGUGAUAUUUGCAUAAAUGUCACUAAAAGAAACACUUAAAUGUGUCUUUUGGACAUUUUCUAUUCACUAGUCUGAAAGAAGAGUUGGUAUGGAAACAAAAUAGUUCAAAAUUGAACAGUGCAUGAAAAAAAUGGUAACAGCUGUAGCAUACUUCCAGGAGUAAAACAUUUAGCCACUACACCUAGAGGAGUGAAUGAGGUUAUGGAAAUCUGUUGGAACUCCCAUGCUAACCAUUUGUCUCAAUUCUUGUGCAUUUAUAUAUCAGGUUGUCAGAGUUCAGGGUCCCCCAACUGUGAUGUGAAAUUUUCAGACCGUCUACCCUCUACUAAGGCUGACUGGGAGCAACUGUGUACUGGAAAACCUGGAAUCAUGAAUGAAUGUCCUCAAUGUAACGGUGUUAAGAUACAGCUUAAGCGUCACCCUGUCUCAGGGGACUGUCUCAGCAACAGCGACAGUGGAAAUGGUCUCCAGUUCUACAAAGCGCCCAAAAGCUGGAUUGAUGCCCUGGAGCACUGCCACAACCAGGAUUCCUCCCUGGCUGAAAUCCACAACCAGACAGUGCAGGCCAGUGUGAACUCUUCCCUGCUAAACAAGGACAGCAUGCUGAAUGGGAUGUGGAUCGGCCUGGAGCGGUCCAUCUUUGGAAGAAACAGUACCUGGAAGUGGAUUUCAGGGACACCGGUUGGCAAUCAUUGCCCCUGGAACAAAAGCUAUCCUGUCGACGCCUUGAACCACCACUGUGGAAAGAUCAUCUGGGUAGCAGAGUUAGGACAGUUCAAGUGGCUGGACGCCUGCUGCCAUGAAGAGCUGCCUUUCAUCUGCCAAACUCCCACAUAAAGACUGUGUGGCGGUCUGGAGACUACGAGAGGUUCCACCAUCCCUUCACCGUUUCAUUGAAUCCUGGCGUGUUGGGCGACUGCUACUUGCUUCUUUUUUUUUGCACGUGUUUUCCCUUCAAGGUAUUUAUUAUGUAUACAGCUUAUAUCAACUUUAUCAUAGUAACUGGGGGAAACGUCCCCACCACUUUCUGAAAUUGCCAAUUUUGUCGCUCUCACUUUUUAAGGCAUUAUGAGUUAAAGGUGCUGUUUGUAAGAAAUGUUGAUAUUUGAGUCUCAUUAUUUGAGGAGUUGGGAAUGAGACUCCAAACUUCUACUUUCUUAAGAUUGACACCUUUAAAGAUGAGCUAAAAAGAGGUUGCCCUCAAAUUCUAACUUAUAAAUUAAAUUAAAUGUAAAUAAAUAAAAAUCAGUGCAUCUUAUGUGAUGGAUUGUACAGCAAAGCAGUUUAAUUUAACAUCUUAAAAUAAGGUUGAUUUAUUAUCUUUAGCUAACAUGUAUAACAUUAUUCCUUCAGUUGUUCUAUGUUGUUAUACUUUAAUGCAGACAUACUGAAUAUUGUUACAUGAUGAUUGUGGGGUCAGCUUUGUGCAUUUUAUGCAGAUUAUUUUCCACCCUGUCGACUCUGAAGCUGAGGUUAAAAAGCCCUUAAGAUGUGCUGUUGUGCUUUUUUUUUUUUUAACUACCAUAAAUAUUUACUGACCUCAUACAGUACCUUAAUUGAACUGCCUGUUCGUAUGUUAAAGACUGUUCAUACAUUGUUUUCAUCUCAGUCUUGACGUCCUUGUGACACUUGUGUAAUAGCUGACCGAUUUGCGUUCCUUCCCUGUAAAGCCAAGAUGCACGUAUUGUACUGUAAUGUACUGCAUGCACUCGUUCAACAUUUAUCCAAUAAACAACUUCACCAAUUCCUCUUCCUCUAGUGUCAUUCAGUUGGAGUUCCCUCAGCUACAAACUAACUGUACGGACUAAUGAUUAAAUAAUGAAGUCACAAUAAUGAACUAUUCAUUGUGAAGUGUUGACGAUGGUUUACACAUGUUUAAUCAUAAUGGUGUCAACAACAUAACCACCAAAUAAAGGCUCAAGAGCUGAGCAAGACACGGAAAAAAAAGAAAAAAAGACAAUUCAAAAACCACCUGUCCAUAAAACAUUUAUCAUCCAUUUUCACCUUAUCAAUCAUAUUGAUGGGGGCUGAGCGAGUAGUUGUAUAGAAGUAUACAGAUAAUGUACAUUUUACCAGUAAAAUGUGUCAAUAUCCAACUCUGGAUGAAUAAAAAAAAUCCUCAUUAGGUAAAAAUAAAACUUGUGAUCAAUAAUACUGAUCUGAAGUCCAAUUCUGAGGCUGUUCUUACAAUAAGUAAUAAACAACAUCUGGUUAUCACACCCACCUCCCAUUUAAACCACGCCCAUUCAGCGCACCAAUACAGAUAAUCUCACAAAAAAAAAAAACAUAGUAUUUGGUGGAACAGAUACAGACAAUGGCGUAAUCACUCAUCCGUAGUAUUUUCCAGAUUUUUCUUGAAAUUAUGAUAACUACUUUCACACUUAACAUAAACAGCCUCAAAUAUCCCUUUUAUCAGGGAAGACAACUCACAGUGUCAUCUGUUCAGAGAGACAAAAACAAAACAUCUUUGCUAGAAUUCUCCCUUUAGUCACUCUUAUGUCAGGUGUCAGUUGCUUACAUGAAAGCCUAAAACAAAUGUAUAACACAAAUGCUAAAAGCAUUAUAUACCACACAACAUAUUCUGAAGAACUGAUGAAAAGACAGACGAGCAAAAUGUAUAAAUUCAAGUAUAAAAACACACAGAGACACAAACGUUGUGAUUUAAAGCCACAACUAUUUUGCAAUAAAGCUCAUCAUUCAUAAAUAGCAUUACUUUUCAUCAAGAUUCCAUUAAAAAAAAACACAAACAAAAUAAACUACAAAAUGGUAUCACUAUGUUUGUUUCCUCCAACAAUCUAAGGAGCAGAGUGGUGUGUGACGUUAAAAAUGCCUUAUAUGGUUUAGAUGGGAACAUCUGUUUCACACCGCUGUAUAUUACAAGGUUUUCUCUGAAUGAACAAAGUCAGACUUCAUCACAUUUCUUAAUGUGAGCAUUGACAAUAGUGUGAAUGCUGUGUCAGCAUUCACACUAUUGUUCCUCUGGAAUUUAUUAGUGUGAAUGCUGAAGGCAGUUUAUUAAAGUUUUUCAUGAUUCCGGACGUUUUUCGACACGCUUCUUCUCCUACAGUUUUUGUGCUACAGAAACCAUUCAAGUAUCAAAAUGUGCAGCUUUUUAAGGACA